AUGCAAAAUUAAAUCACCACAAAUUUACUGAUUCUUCUGCUUUUUAAAAUUCAACUAACACCUCAACUUUACCAUUAAGUAAUAGUAAUAAGUAGAAUUAGAGAUACUAAGCAUCAUUAAAAUCUACAAAUUUCCUUCGUUUAAAUAAAUAAGAGUCUGAAAAUCAUAGAAUCUAAUAAAUAAAAGAAAAAUUAAAUCAAAUUAAUAUCCCUCAAUUUCUUAAUCCUCAGCUGCAUAGCAAUUAGAAUAGCAAUAAUUAAUUACCAAAAUCAUCUGCUAGCCUAAGAUCUAAUAUUAAAACAAAUAUUAAUUCCAUUAAUGUGUUAUAAGGAAUAAGCUAAAUAAGCUAAUUGCAAUAGUAACAAGAAGACUUAAACUUUGAAUAGAAAGAGUAAUAGCUUGAAAUGCUUUUGCUAAUAAAUAAAAAAUUGA